UCUAACUUGUGGAGUUGCGAAGAUUCACUAACGCGGGUGGCAGAGCGCCCUGAUCUGAGGAAAUGCUCAGUUCUUUCCGGGAACUGUUGAUCUGGGGAACUACAGGACUCAAGAAGCCUCUCAAUUGCGUCAUCUGCCCCACUGGUUUAUAAAAACUCCACCAGCUCCCUAAGACCAUUCUAGUUUCUCUUGCUUCCGAAGAAGCCUCGAGGAGCUCAGCUGGGGAACCGCACCCUCACCGAGCCUAGAAUCGAGAAGGGGCCGGGUGUGCGGUCAUGCAGCCGCCGCAGAGUUGCCCGGGCUUGUUCACUUUCUAUCUGACCGGUUGCCGUAGCUGCUGACUUCAAAUCGCGGUCGGUGAGAUCUGACCUCUAGACCUGAGAGCCGAGCAGGAAACCGAAACCGCCGGGCUCAGCUAACGGCGGCAGAGAGCGCGCACUCGCUCUUCUAGGGCGCGCCCAGAAGCGGCACCGCCCGCGCCCGCCCCCUGACACUUGUAAGUUUCGGUUUUACUCUAAGUCCAGUCCCGCGCCCCGGCGGAGCCAGAAGAGCCAGUGCGCCAUGGCGGACCCAGAUGUGUGCUGUUUCAUCACCAAAAUCCUGUGCGCCCAUGGGGGCCGCAUGUCCCUGGACGAGCUGCUCAGAGAGAUCGCGCUCCCUGAGGCGCAGCUCUUGGAGUUACUGGAGCAGGCCGGCCCCGAUCGCUUCGUGGUGUUGGAGACAGGCAGCAGGGCCGGAGUCACCCGGUCGGUGGUGGCCACCACUCGAGCCCGGGUCUGCCGUCGCAAGUACUGCCAGAGACCUUGCGACAACCUGCAUCUCUGCAAGCUCAACCUUCUGGGCCGGUGCAACUAUUCGCAGUCAGAACGGAAUUUAUGCAAAUAUUCUCAUGAGGUUCUCUCUGAAGAGAACCGCAACAUCCUGAAGUUGCAUGAGCUCUCUGGCCUUAACCAAGAGGAAUUAGCAGUGCUCCUCCUCCAAAGUGAUCCUUUCUUUAUGCCUGAGAUAUGCAAAAGUUACAAGGGAGAGGGUCGGAAACAGAUUUGCAGUCAGCAGCCGCAGUGUGACAGACUCCACAUCUGUGACCACUUCACCCGAGGGAAUUGUAGUUACCCCAACUGUCUCAGGUCCCAUAACCUGAUGGACAGAAAGGUGCUGGCCACCAUGAGGGAGCAUGGGCUGAGUCCGGACGUGGUCCAGAACAUCCAGGACAUCUGCAACAGCAAGCACGCCCGGAGGAACCACCCUGGGGCGAGAGCUCCUGGCGCACAUCGUAGAGGCGGGGCAUACAGAAGCAGAAGCAAAAGUAGAGAGCGAUUCUUUCAGGAAAGCCAGGAAUUUCUUUCAUCUGCUUCAGCAUCCGCUCAAAGGUCCUCCACGCCCAGUCCCGAUCAGAUCGGCUGCAGGGCUCCUGAGGAUGAUCUGUCUGUAGAUGAUCUCACCCAGGAGUUCACCUACCUGGGGGCUCAGGAUCGCACUCAGCCUUCCUUGGCCUCGGCUAAGGCUACCAGUCUUGGAGGAACAGGUCAGAAGUUUCCAGAGAAUGUCAAUCCAGAAGGCUUCUUUCACGGGAAUCACAGCAACACUUACUUUCUUUCGGAUUCAACACCAGCCUCCAACCAAAAGGACCCCACAUCCUGGCUGAGUGACCAAGGCACCAGGAAAGAGAGCAUGUUUUCUCCACUUCUGACCGGCCCCCACUCUCCUCUUGGUUCUGCACCAACACCCGCAGCUGUGACCACCAGAGAGAGCACAAGCUUACUUUACUCUGACCUCAGCGACCUCAACAGCACAAGUAGAAUUCAAGACAUCCAGCAUACUCUUUUUAAUAAUAAUAAUGCUGAUGGAGAAGCUAUUGGUUUAAUUCCCCCAAGAUCUUUCAAUUACAAAGGCACAAUCAGCGGUCAGAGAGAAACAUCAUUACCUAGGAAUCAGGAUGCUGGACCCACUCCCCAAGAUCUCCAAACCACUGACAAAAUUACGGAGAGUGACUAUGCAGGAGUGGCAUUUGUUAACAGUAAAUACAGAGGGAAGACAUUCUCGGCUAGUAAAACUGCCCACGGUGUGCCAAAUGGCUCUACUCAAAUUAUGGAUAAAACUACUAAUGUAGAAAAAACUGGUGCUGCCGGUUUGGGCUUAAAAACAGCAGUUAUUGGGGAAACAGAUGCAUUCAGCUCUGGAGGUCAGAGUCUGAAAAGCCAGGUCCUGUCCACACCUGGGGAAACCAAGAUAUCUGCGCUAUUCAGCACCAUGCUUCAGUCACCUUCACCUUCCUUAAGCAACAGAGCUGCAGCCUCUGGAACCCUUGUCCAGAACUCCACUCAAAUCCCUAUUUCCCCCGCCAGUGAGUCCACAAGGAGGACCCUAAGCUCUGCUCAGCGGUCUGGGGCUGAUGUUGUAUGUACCACAUUUUCUAGGAUGGAGGAUCCUGACUCAAAGGAAAUUUGUCUUGACCAUCUGUAUAAGGGGUGUCAACUCAAGAGUAACUGCAACAAAGACCACUUCCACCUGCCCUACCGGUGGCAGAUGCUGUACGAAGGGCUCUGGAGAGACCUCUCCACCAUGGAGGAGAUUGAGGAGGCCUACUGUAACCCCCAAAACUGUGUCUUUUCUAAGGGAGAUUACACAAUCAAUUUUCAGAAAAUGACUUGCGGUUCCAAUCUUGUCCGGCGCAUCUCCACUCCUUCAUCCACCACGAACUCGGCCAACUCUUUCUUCACCACCCGAUGGAUUUGGUAUUGGAAGAGUGAAUCUGGCAGGUGGAUUCAAUACGGGAAGGAUCAGAACAACCAGGAAUGUUCAACCAUUGACUCUUCAUACCUGGAGACUAUCUAUCAAUCUUGUCCCCAAGGAAUUAUCACGUUUCAAGUGGGAUCUCAGAAGUAUGAGCUGAGUUUCCAAGGGAUGAUUCAGACAAACAUAGAAUCCAAGACGCAAAAGGAUGUCAUCCGAAGGCCAACAUUUGUGUCUCUGUGGGAUAUGGAACGGAUAAGAAGGGGGCCCGACUAUCAACCGGUUCAAGCCUCGUCAGCAUCUGUAACCGAGAACUUUCUUCCUCUGCAGGACCUUUCUGCCUUCCCCUCAAGGGGGUAUAAGUUGUUAGAGGUCAAUAACCAAUAUCUGGAAAAUGCCAGAGUAAGUGAGCGUUUUAAAGCUUCCAUGAAAAAUUUCAAGAUUGAGAAGAUAAAGAUAAUCCAGAACUUAGAGCUCUUGAAUAAUUUCAAAAGGAAGAAAAUGCAGAUGACCAACAAAACCGAAAAACUCCUGUUUUAUGCAACGAGGCGCGCCUAUGUGGAGUCUAUCUGUGCGAAUAAUUUCAACUUGAUCUUGCAUGAAACUCAUGAAAGCAAAUAUGGAAAAGGAUACUACUUCGCAGAAGAUGCCAUCUAUUCACACAAAAAUUGCCCGUAUGAUGCUAAAAACAUCAUUAUGUUUAUAGCUCGGGUCCUGGUGGGAAGUUUUAUUGAAGGACAUAUGACAUACACCAGCCCUCCUCCGGGCUACGACAGCUGUGUGGACACCAGAGGGAGUCCCUCCGUUUUUGUCAUAUUUGAUAAAGAUCAGAUUUACCCAGAAUAUGUGAUAGAGUAUACUGAAGUAGACAAAGCCUGUGUGAUUAGUUAGAACUGAUGAAUACAGUGUCAUAAAAAUCCGUGAACACUGUUUCCUUACAGGACCAAAGUUUCCCAGAUAGUAGUUAAACUUUUAUCUUUCCUUGCCCAGUUACCUAAUGUCUUAGAUCAGCCCAAACUUUGCUUCACAUUAGAAUCAUCCAGAGAGCUUUAAAAAUUUCCAAUGCCCAGCUUUGCACCCUAUGCCAAUUAAAUCAGUGUUUCUUAAAGCUCUCCUGAUGAUUCCAAUGUUUGGAAAGUUUGCAUUGUUUUAGAUAUAACUGGUAAUGGUUGAUUUCUAAAUUUUCAAUAAUUGCGGCAGUUAAGUGCUACUGAGAUGUAACUGCAGUACUAUACCUUAGUGAUGAAACUUAUUUGGAUCACACCUUUUUUUGCUUCUAAACUUAUUUAGGGGUCAACCAUCCAGGUUAACAUUUUCUGGAACACCAAGUGUUGCUCAGAGAGAAGCAACCAAAUGGAGCUAGUUGUCCGUUUAGGCCCUUUAUAUAAUUAUGACAAACUAGAUGCUGUGUCGCAAUUGAUGUGAUCACAGAAAAGGCCUUUAUCGGAUCAUGUUUGCAUUUUUAGAGAACUAAGUUUCAGUAACGAGACGCACAUGAGCAUGACUGAUAAACACAAGUGCUAUGUAGUGGCUGGCUGCGUCAGAUGAACCUCACCAGGAAAUUAGGAGCAAGCCAUCUUUACUGAAGGGCGGGCCCCCUAAGGAGACAAGAUUUGUUUCCUGGUGAGCAUAGAAUCAGAUGUAAAAGAACAAUGUCUUAAAGAGGCUUCGUGCCUCCUAGGGGCUUCUUUUUCUAAAUACAGAAGGUGCCCAAAAAAUGUAUACACAUUUUAAGAAAGGAAGAAAAU